AUGGGAGAGAAAUCGGGGUCAAGAGGAUGGUUUGGGUGGUUUAUUGUGUCGAUAGUAUUAGCAGCAAUUGCAUUUGCAAUUGCAUUAACUGUAAAGCAGAAAAUGCACAAGAAAGGAUCAGAUUUUGAAGCCGCUCCUGUUCCGGGGCCUCCCGGUGCGGUUACGCAGAAAUAUGCCGACGCUCUCAAAACUGCUAUGCAGUUCUUGGAGAUACAGAAAGCGGGGAAGUUGGUGAAUAAUAAGAUAUCUUGGAGAGGUGAUUCUGCUCUGAAAGAUGGAAGUGAAGCAAAUUUAGAUCUUUCGAAAGGUAUGUAUGAUGCUGGAGAUCACAUUAAGUUUGGAUUCCCGAUGGCUUUCACGGCCACAGUAUUGUCGUGGACCAUCUUGGAGUAUGGGGAUCAAAUGAAAGUGGUGAAUCAAUUGGAACCUGCUCAGGAUUCGCUCAAGUGGAUCACCGACUACCUCAUAAAUGCUCAUCCUUCGGAAAAUGUUCUUUACAUUCAGGUGGGCGAUCCUAAAGCCGACCAUGCUUGUUGGGACAGGCCCGAGGACAUGACUGGGAAAAGACCACUCACUCAGGUUAACACUUCUGCCCCGGGUACUGAGGUUGCUGCAGAAACUGCGGCAGCUAUGGCAGCGGCGUCCCUGGUGUUUAAGUCAACUGACUCUGAAUAUUCGAGCCUGCUUCUGAAGCAUUCUAAACAAUUGUUCACAUUUGCUGACAAACAUAGAGAAUCUUAUAGCGUUAGCAUUCCCGAUGUGCAAAACUUUUACAACUCGACUGGCUAUGGGGACGAGCUCUUAUGGGCAGCUAGUUGGCUCUAUCAUGCAACUGGGGAGCGAUCAUAUUUUGAAUAUGUGACUGGAAAAAAUGGUGAAGACUUUGCUAAUUGGGGAAGUCCUACAUGGUUUAGCUGGGAUAACAAGCUGGCUGGUACUCAGGUUCUUCUGUCCAGGGUUAACUUCUUCGGGUCGAAAGAUGUCUCAAGCUCCAAUGUCCUCCAAAAGUACAGGAAAUCGGCAGAGGCUGUCAUGUGCGGUCUCCUACCAAAAUCUCCAACUGCUACAACCAGUAGAACUGACAACGGUUUGAUAUGGGUCAGUGACUGGAAUGCUCUGCAGCAUCCUGUGGCAUCAGCAUUUUUAGCCGUUGUAUACAGUGAUUACAUGCUUUCAUCUCGUACCGCAAAGAUAUCUUGUGAUGGAGAUAACUAUAGGCCAUCGGACCUGCGGAAGUUUGCCUUGUCACAGGCUGACUAUGUAUUGGGUAACAACCCCUUGAAGAUGAGUUAUCUCGUGGGCUACGGGGAUAAGUACCCACAGUACGUGCAUCACAGAGGAGCCUCAAUUCCAGCUGACGCAACAACUGGCUGCAAAGAUGGUUUCAAGUGGCUCAAGUUGGAUAAACCGAAUCCAAAUGUUGCAAUCGGAGCACUAGUCGGUGGACCUUUCCGCAACGAGUCAUUUAUUGAUUCGAGGAACAAUUCAAUGCAGACAGAACCAAGCACAUACAACAGUGCAGUCAUUGUUGGCCUUCUUUCGGGUUUGGUUACUACAUCUUCAGUUGCUCAAUCUUUUACAUAA